GGAGUUUCCCCUUCCUCUCCCUCUGUCAAAGAAAUGAAAGUGAAACUAUUUAUGUCUGUGAAGUGACAGCGUAGCAGAAGGAUUUUAGCACAAUGAGUGACAAUCAUUAUCAGUGGCAACUGUUGAACGGCAAUCAGUGGCUGAAAAUUGACAACGAUCAUGUGAUCGAGACUCACUACUGCCAACCUGGAGCAAAGGGGAUCAGCAUCAACACAAACCUAGGGAAAGUUUUUAUAGACUUUGAUGAGCUGAAGACUGAUAACCCAGCACUGAGAGUGCAGAGACUGAGCUGUGUCCCUCAGGGUCAAGAAGAGGACAUCGGAUGGUACUUCAGAGACGACAGCCUGUGGUGUGAAUAUGGAUCACAGAGCUCCAACAUGUCAUCAUCCUCCAUCACCAGCAAAGACAUCGAGACUCAUUUCACUCAGAAUCCCCAGGGAGUCAUUCAGUUCAGCGUUGGCUCGACGGGAUACUCACUGGAUUUUUCCACCAUGACCCAAACCAACGUCGCUACAGGCUUGCGCAGAAACGUGCGCAGGCGACCGAAAUUCACUUUAAGCCCCGCAAGCAUUAGCUAUGUUUCAUUCCUGCCUUUGGCUUCACAAUCCCAGUUAUACAAUCCCAGCUUCAAGUGGGAGUUUAUGGGAGAUGAAGGACAAUGGACAGAAUACCAAGCACAUAUAUGUUCACUUGAUAGCGCUGCCAUUGAGAAGCAAUACCAGCUGAACCCACAGGGCCAAAUCCUCUUCAGUGUCAGAAACUUUUUAUACAGACUGGAUUUUGCACGAAUGUGCCAAAUUAAUAAUAAUAUUGGGACAAAAAGAAUCGUGAGGCGGAGUCCGGACUACGGACCUCAGAAAAACAACAGUUCAGGUACAAAUGUCUGUUGGCAGUUUCAAGAUAUCGAUGGGAUUUGGAAAGAUUUUUCCAAAAGUUAUAGUCAAUGCAGCGUUUCCAGUCCAGACAUUGAACUCCAGUACCAACAGAACCAGUCAGGCAUUAUGACAUUUGCCACCAGCAGGUUCAGCUAUGAGCUCAACUUCUCAGCCAUGACUCAGAGGAACCUGUCCACAAAUACCACCAGGUCAGUGAGACGACUUCUCCAGUGAUCGGGACAGAUUGUUCAGAGGGAGGAGAGAUACUUGUACGUUUUCCUCAUAAACUGUCUUGUUUCUAUCUUGAUUGGUGUUUACAAUACUGCUAACAUAGGUUGAAGCAGAGAUGCUCAUAGGUUUUCAGUCCACUUUAAAAUUAAAAUUUGGGUUUACUUUCUGACAAGAUAUAGUAUAUCUCUUAUCAAAAGCAUGUUCUCAUACAUCAUUCUGGGCUCCUACAACUUUCAUGUCAAAAUCCCAAAAUUGUCUGUACUACCCAACCUGCUUUUUAAGUAUAAAGUGAAGUGAUGGCAGAUAGGGAUGUUAAGCUUCAAGUCUAGAAGCUUUAAAAAUAUCUGAAUGUGAUUGUAAGAAAGACUGCAGAUACAAAUAUGGAAAAUACUUAAAAAUGUCUGACUGUGUUUUUUCACAGAAAGUUUCAAGAACUGUACUGCAUGUGCCGGACCCGUUUGUAAAUGGUUUACUUUACAUCAAUUAGCGCUAUGUAGUGAAACUAAGUGGUAUUUUUGAUUAAACAUUUUACAUCACGGUGGGUUAGGAUGUAAUAAAUGCAGAGAUAUUUAUUUUUAUGAAUUUUUUGCAAUAUUUUGGGCCAUAAUGCACCUUUAAAUGUUCAUGAAAUCUGCCACAACAAAAGAGCUUCUUUUUUGCUUUUCACUUUUAUUAAGAUGUCUUAAGCUUUUGUUCUAAUUUAUCUAUAAAUGGUUAGUACAAUUGUUUUCCCUUCAAAUAAAAGUGAUCACAAAAAAA